GUCUUCGUAUGCAUGUUAUGUUUUCUGCUUUGUAAAUAUUACAUUUAUUUGCCAAAACAAUGUUUACAUUCACAUUAUUUACAUAUGCACAUAUUACUACUAUUGUACUUUGACCAUUUAUCAUUAAUCUAAAGAGUGUGUCUUCUGCAAUUAUGGAAAGUGUCUCAAAAAGUGAUGCCAAACCACAGGCAUUUGUUGCUGCGCAAGUUCCGUUCAUUCACCUCUGCACAGUUUUGGAGAAAAUUCAGAAGACUAAACUCCGACCAGACAAAAGCAAAAUCCUAAAGGAAUUUAUAGAUUCAUGGAGGAAUUUCCAUGCAGCACUUCACAAGGACAACCCGGACACAGCAGAUUCAUUUUACGCUGUUAUGCGUCUCAUUGUGCCUUCAUUUGAGAGGGAGCGAAUGGCUUAUGGUAUAAAAGAGAACAUGCUUGCCAAACUGUAUAUUGAGGUUUUAGGUCUACCUAAAAAUGGAGAUGAGGCAAACAAACUUUUAAAUUACAGAGCUCCAACCACUUCUCAAGGAGAAGCAGGUGACUUUGCCCUUAUGGCCUACUUUGUCCUGAAAAAAAGGUGCACAAGUCAGGGAAAUUUAAGCAUUAAAGAAGUCAAUGACUUCUUGGAUUCUGUAGCUAUCAACAAUGCCAGCAAACAGAAGGAUCAAGUGAAGAAAAGCCUUUUGCAUCUAAUAACUCAGAGUUCAGCUUUGGAACAGAAGUGGCUCAUUAGAAUGAUCCUCAAGGACAUGAAACUUGGCAUUAGCAAGGAGACCGUUCUUCAGGUUUUCCAUCCAGAUGCACCAGAAUUCUACAAUGUCACCACAGAUCUGAAUAAAGUAUGCAGACAACUUCAUGACCCAUCUGUGUCUCUCAGUGAAGUCUCCAUUGAUCUAUUCUCUGCUUUUAAACCAAUGCUGGCUGCUGUUGCCAAUAUCAGACAGAUAGAGAAGCAAAUGGGCAACCGGCCUUUCUACAUUGAGACGAAGCUAGAUGGUGAACGCAUUCAACUGCACAAAGCUGGAGAUGUUUACAAAUAUUACACAAGGAAUUCUUAUGAGUAUACCCAACAGUUUGGGGCCUCUCCACUAGAGGGCUCCCUCACACCAUACAUUCACAAUGUCUUUAGCCCUCAUGUGGUGAACUGCAUUCUAGAUGGAGAGAUGAUGGCUUAUAACCCUAAAACUGAGACCUUCAUGCAGAAGGGCAGUAAGUUUGAUAUUAAAAGGCUGGUGGAUGACUCUGAUUUGCAAACCUGCUUUUGCGUAUUUGAUGUCUUGUUGAUAAACAAUCAGAAGUUUGGAAAGGAACCUCUCAAGAAGCGUUACGAAAGUCUUGAGACUGUCUUCUCCCCCAUCAAAGGCCGUAUCCACCUGGUCUCUAAAUCCGAAGGCAGAACCAUGCAAGAAGUGGUGAAUUCUCUUAACGAGGCCAUUGACAAUCGUGAAGAGGGGAUUAUGGUUAAGGAUCCAAUGUCCAUUUACAAACCAGAUAAACGUGGGGAAGGAUGGCUAAAGAUUAAACCUGAAUAUGUGGAUGGGCUAAUGGAUGAACUUGAUCUGCUGAUAGUGGGUGGUUACUGGGGUAAAGGCAGGAGAAGUGGGAUGCUUUCUCAUUUUCUCUGCGCGGUAGCUGAGGUGCCAAGUCCUGGGGAAAAGCCCACGGUGUUCCACACGCUGUGUCGCAUUGGAUCUGGCUAUACCUUAAAAGAACUAUAUGAUCUUGGUGUGAAGUUGGCCAAACAUUGGAAAGUAUACAACAAAAAUAAUCCUCCCGCAGCCAUUUUGUGUGGGACAGAAAAGCCAGAGGUUUACAUAGAACCACGCAACUCUGUGAUCUUACAAGUCAAAGCAGCAGAGAUCGUCACAAGCGAAAUGUAUAAGACCGACUGCACAUUGCGUUUCCCUAGAAUAGAAAGAAUCCGAGAAGACAAAGAGUGGCAUCAGUGCAUGACCUUGGAUGACCUGAACCAGUUUCGGUCUAAAGCUUCCGGAAAGCUGGCAUCAAGACAUCUAAACAUCCAUGAAGACCAGCCUGAAAAGAAGAAGCGCAAAAUCGUCGCCAAGCCCAAGAAGACCAUAGGAGUCAUUGACCACUUUAAAUCCCAGGAUUUGUCAAAGGUUGCCAAAGAGACAGAUAUGUUUGAAGAGGUUGAGUUUUGUGUGAUAAAUGGCGAUGAUGAACAUUCCAAAGCAGAGCUUGAAAAAGGGGUGGCGCGCUGUGGAGGCAUCGUUGUGCAGAAUCCUGGAAAGGACACGUACUGCGCCAUUGCAGCUGUGCAGAACAUGAGAGUGAAGAACCUCAUCUCAUCAGAUCAGCAUGAUGUGGUGUGGGCUACUUGGCUUUUAGAGUGUCUGGAAAAUAAGCAGGUUAUCCCAUGGCAACCACGUCACAUGAUCCACAUGUCACCUUCCACAAGGGAACACUUCGCUAAAGAGUAUGAUCAGUAUGGAGACAGUUAUUACGUUGACACUAGUGAACAGCAGCUGAGGGAUGUCAUUGAAAGGAUCAGCUCCGCAGAAGUCAAGAGUCUGUCUGUGGCUCAGAUAGAAGCAGAGAAUGCUUGGGAUGACUUGCCUACUAGCAUUUUUAGGCCUUACAGUGCAUACUUUGACCGGUGUGCUGACAUAGGAGAUCCCAAGUCUGUUAUAUGCGGUACGUGUUUAGACACUCGUGCCUUAGAAUUCAGAUUUCAUGGCGGUAAAGUUGUGGAGAAACUCAAAGAAGGAAUCUCACAUGUGGUAGUAGAAGAUAUGAAAAGGGCUCUGGACCUAAAGACACUGAGGCGACUUCAUGCCAAGAAGUUUAAAAUUGUUCAUGAAUCAUGGGUUACUGAUUCCAUCAAAGCAGGCCAUGUAAAGGAUGAGAUUGACUACCUGAUUUAAAAAUAAAAGCUACUAGAAAAUCAAAACACUGAAACAUUUACACUUUUAUACCUAGGUGUCACAUACUGUUCUUUUUGCUACAUCUAGCGUAACAAUUUAAAUUCAAUGAUGGGACUUGAUUAUUUUAAUUAUGUGUGGAAGUUUUAUGGCAAGACUGUAAUUUUAUAUAUAUAUAAAAAAAAUGCAUAAAAAUGGUCACAUCACUGAUUUAAAGCACUGAGAAAAUGUAUAUUUGUGAAAACAGGAGAAUAUAAAUUUGUUUGAUUCUAAAUAAAACAAAACCUGAAAUGAAUAACUGAAAAAAA